AAAUACAAACCCCUGCUUCGCGAGCAACUCAAAAUCAGCACUGCAGUGGGCGACCCAAAUGCCCGAGGUCAACAAAAUGAAUCUUUGGCUUGGUUUUGGUCUGUUGAAGUCGACCUCGGGGGUCCUGAUCAAUCGUGGAAUGAGGAAUUUUACCGAGUCCAUUGGCUGAGGGCAAAGGCACUAUGGGAUCGA